UAAAAAAAAAGAAGAGCCCAAACUUCUGGUGUUGCUGCGCGUCAAACUUUGGACGUCGCAGCCUCUCUUCUUUCUCUCGUCUCUUCUCCUCCUUCUUGGUCCCAACUUGCUCGGAGAGAAGAAGGAGAGCAGAGCUUUUUACCAGCUGACGGCGGAGAGAGGGGAAGCCUUCUCUGUGGGACUCUUGUUUGCCGUGUGUUGACUGAAGGAAGUCGCGCGUUUUCAGGAUCACAAGAUUCACAGCUAUGUUACGGGCAGAGCAGAUCUCUAACCUCUCCAAUAGUGCAAGAUCCUUUUUUGUUAGUUGUGACUGACUUGCAUUACCAGAAAAUUUUCUUCUGAAGGAUCACAAGAUUCACAGCUAUGUUACGGGCAAAGCAGAUAUCUAACCUCUCCAGUAGUGCAAGGUCCUUUUUUGUCAGUGGUUCACGCUGUGGCACUGCAGAUGGAAGUUCCUGCUCAGGCUCGGAAGAUGAAACCUGUAUCCCGAGAAGACAACGGACAACUACUGAUGAUCCUUUUCCACAAGAACCAGCCACCUUGGUGUCCAAAACUUCAGCAAGAGUGGGAGCCUUGACUUCAAGAGAUCCUGUCAAAUACACGGGCACUCGUAAAGCUGAGAGGAUUAAGCACUCCAAUCUCUUGCCAAAUGCUGUAUCUGUUCCAAUCUUACAGAAGUCUGAGUCCGUCAAUUAUGCAAGGGACUCAAACCUUUCCCACAGUGAUGCAGGGCACUCGGCGCCACUCAUGGCUGAUCAGGUUUUUAGGGCAGGCAUUGCGGCAGUAAAUUUCCUAUCUGAUCUGGUUAAUUAUAAGAUUCCGAGCUCAGAUAGUGGCAUAUCGAACUUGCCCAAAAGCUGUAUGGUUGAUCCGAACAGACCGGUAGCAAACGUAAAAUCAUCCAAUGUGAAGUCCGUCAAGAGAGAGAACUUGUCAAAGGUUCAUCCAAAAUCAUCAGCCAACACAGUAGCUGCUUCUGAUACUUCUAAUUAUAACCAUGCCCGUGAUAGAGGGGACAAAGGUGGGAGAUCUAAUUUUGAAGGUUUUAGAGGUGUUCAUGAUGCUGGGACUAGAAAUCAUGUUGAAAAUACAAGAAAUGUAUAUUCGGGUACUCCGAAUAAGAGAAGAAACACCCAUUAUUCUCAGAAAGCAAAAGCAUAUCCAGAUAGGCUUGCAUCAACUACUAUUUCUGUCCAUUCUUCUGAAAGGAAGGUUGUGGAAUACUCUGUAGAAGGAUUCAAUAGACCAACAAGAGAUACCAGAGUGCUGUCAGGAAUCGCUCCGACUCCAAGGCAUUUUUCCAAUACCGCUCAUCUCGUGGAAAGUGUUUUCCGCAUAUUGCAGCAGAAAGAGUGGGGUUCUGCCACAGAAGAGGCUCUUCAACAGCUAAAUUAUGCAGUGGAUGCAUAUCAAGCAAACCAAGUACUAAAGAAACUUCAAGACCAUAAAGUUGCCCUUGGCUUCUUUAACUGGUUGAAACGGCAGCCCGGGUACAAGCAUGAUGGGCAUACUUAUACCACCAUGAUUGGCAUCCUUGGUCGUGCCAAGCAGUUUGGUGCAAUAAACAAAUUGCUUGAACAAAUGGUGAGGGAUGGAUGCCAGCCGAAUGUGGUGACUUAUAAUCGGCUUAUUCAUAGUUAUGGCCGAGCAAACUACCUGAAUGAUGCAAUGAACGUCUUUAACCGAAUGCAAGCAGCGGGUUGUGAACCAGAUCGUGUCACUUACAGCACGCUCAUUGACAUUCAUGCAAAAGCUGGGUUUCUUGAUAUUGCGAUGGAUAUGUAUCGAAGAAUGCAGCUGGCUGGUCUUUCUCCCGACACAUUCACCUACAGUGUCAUGAUUAACUGCCUCGGAAAAGCUGGCCAUUUGGCUGAUGCCAACCGUUUGUUCCAUGAGAUGGUUGAUCAUGGCUGUGCUCCUAACCUAGUUACCUAUAACAUCUUGAUUGCUUUGCAGGCAAAGGCAAGGAACUAUGAGAAUUCUUUACAGCUCUAUCGGGAGAUGCAAAAUGCUGGAUAUGAACCUGACAAAGUGACUUACAGCAUUGUUAUGGAAGUGCUUGGCCAUUGUGGAUAUCUUGAGGAAGCAGAAGCAGUUUUUGUUGAGAUGAGGCAGAAGAAUUGGGUGCCGGAUGAGCCAGUGUACGGUCUCUUGGUGGAUUUGUGGGGGAAGGCUGGUAACAUUGACAAGGCCUGGGAGUGGUAUCAGAGCAUGCUGGAUGCGGGCCUGCGGCCGAAUGUACCCACUUGCAAUUCAUUGCUUGGGACCUUCCUUAGGCUUCACAGGCUAUCAGAUGCUUUUGACCUCCUGCAGAGCAUGCUGGGUUUAGGUCUACACCCUUCUCUCCAAACUUAUACUUUGCUUCUCAGUUGCUGUACUGAAGCUGAAAAGCCAUUUGACAUGGGGUUCUGUUGCCAGCUCAUGGCAAUAACAGGCCACCCGGCCCACAUGUUCUUGCUGUCCAUGCCAGCAGCUGGACCAGAUGGGCAAAAUGUGAGGGAUCACAUGAGCAGUUUCUUGGAACUGAUGCAUAGCGAGGAUAGAGAGAGCAAAAGGGGACUUGUGGAUGCAGUCGUGGACUUCCUACACAAGUCGGGGCUCAAAGAAGAGGCUGGCUCUGUUUGGGAAGUGGCUGCUGAGAAUAACGUGUAUCCGGAUGUCGUUAGAGAGAAGGGCUCAUGUUAUUGGCUUAUAAACUUGCAUGUAAUGUCAGAUGGCACCGCUGUGACGGCACUUUCAAGAACCCUUGCUUGGUUUCGUCGGCAGAUGCUUUUUUCAGGCAUGAGCCCAAACCGGAUCGACAUAGUUACUGGGUGGGGUCGGCGCAGCCGGGUGACGGGGACUUCUCUGGUGAGGAAUGCCGUGCAGGAGCUGCUGCACAUAUUCAGCUUCCCCUUUUUCACCGAGAAUGGCAACUCUGGCUGCUUCAUCGGGUGCGGUGAGCCACUCAAUCGAUGGUUGCUUCAGUCUUAUGUGGAGCGCAUGCAUCUACUAUAGUAGACCGGCUUUCACUAUAUUUAUUCUUCAUCAGAAACUCAAAAGUCCCGAAAAUUUUGUUGCCGAUGUCAGGCUGACGCGUGCGCCUUAGGCUUCCCUUGUAUCUUAGCAUUCUGAUGCUGCUAAUUUACAUAUUCUAAUGCAUUAUGUAUCGGGUAUUUUAAUUAGGUGCAUUUGAGAUUUUUACGUA